UAGCAUGAACAUGAACAUGAACAUGAACAUUGUAUAUUAUAUAUCAUAGAAGGAAACAAAUUUAAUAAACAUAUAUAUGUAAUGAAACAAAAAUGAUGGGAAACCAAGAUGUGAAGCUGCAUAACUUUUUAUUAAGUCCAGUUGGUCGAAGAGUUGAAUGGGCACUAAAACUAAAGGGUAUUGAUUAUGAGUAUGUAGAAGAAGAUAUCUUCAACAAAAGUAGUCUUCUUUUGGAAUUGAACCCGGUUCAUAAGAAAGUUCCGGUUCUUGUUCAUGGCCACAAAUCAAUUGCAGAGUCAUUGAUUAUCCUUGAAUACAUUGAUGAAACAUGGAAGCAAUAUCCAUUGUUGCCUCAUCAUCCUUAUCAAAGAGCUCAUGCUCGGUUUUGGGCCAAGGUAUCGGAUGAAAAGCUUGCAAUGGGUGCAUGGAUUGCAUUGAUUAAGAAAGGGGAUGGAUGGGAAAAGGUUCUAAAGGAGACAAGAGAAGUAAUGGAAAAGUUAGAAGAGGAGAUAAAAGGAAAAAAAUUCUUUGGAGGGGACAAUAUUGGAUACCUUGAUCUUGCUCUUGGAUGGAUCACUUGUUGGCUUCCUGUUUGGGAGGAAAUUGGGUCAUUGCAGGUACUUGACCCAUUAAAAUGUCCAAACAUUUCUUCAUGGAAGACAAAUUUUCUGAGCCAUCCUAUGAUUAAGGACAACUUGCCACCUAGGGAUGAGAUGAUUGCUUAUUGUCACCGUCGCAUACAAGAGUAUCAUGGUUAAUUAUGCAUGUUUGAGUACCUUAUAUUAUAUAUCAUAUACUUGGUUGUGAAUUAUGUAUAUUGCUAAAUAAAUUAGUGUGGAAGACUUGUGGUGACACUUGGUUAUGCUAUAUAAUAAAAGUGACCGGUAUGUUAGUACUUAGUAGGGAUU